UACAUCUGUGUAGCGAUUCUUGGUGUCGCCUUUGUGUCAUUAUUUGAAAAGUACGAAACGAAUUAAACUUUUACUGAACGUGCAGGCAUUUUCAAGUUGGAUUUUUCUUGAUUAUAUGUGUGUUGUUUACAAAGAAGCAGUGUAGAGUUGAAUUAAAAAUGGAAGGAGAACUUGAUCAGUUGAAGUCAGUGUUCCGAUCACUCGUGGUGUCAUCGCCGACGCAGGUCGACGCUCGGUCUCUGCUGCGAGACUACCGCAACAUGGUCGGCACGCAGAUACCACUCGCUAAAUUUGGAUACAGGGAUCCUAUUGCUUUCCUUAGAGAACGAUUCAGUGACUGCUUCAUAUUUCAGGGGCCCAGUGGAAACCCAGAGCUUACACUGAUUGUGCCAGAUACUCUGAAACAUGUUGACAAGUUUGUGCAAAAACAAAAAGUCUCAUCAACUGCAAAGUAUAAAGGUAAACGAAGAAGUGUGCCACAAUCAAUAGUCAGGCCAGGUCCAAAUCUGAUAGCGUCUACAUUUGUAUCUAAACAGAAUUUAUCAAACAAAGAGCUCUCUUGUACAUACAAAUCAGAAAAUACAAAAGAAAACCAUGCAACACCGUCACAGCCUCAAGUACAGAAUGGUUCACAGGUAUUCCAAAAAAAGGAGAAAAACAUCCAGAAUGGUGAGAGCAGCUUACAGCCUCAAGGUGACACCAAGAGAAGGACUGCAUCACUUUACAUGGCUUAUGAGCGCCAGCAGUCCAGGCCCAGCAACGAUAGAGACCUCGUCAAGGAAGAUGAUCAUUCAGGACGACUGACUUCAUUAAGCAGCUCGAGUAGCAGUAAAAGGACUCAGCUAGAAGAACUUAGGAGAGAGCUCAGAGAGUUGAUCGUUUCGAAUCCCGAUGGAGUGUGGUGCACAGACCUGCUCAGACUGUACCGGGAGCGGUACGGGCGCGAGCUCAACUUCUUCCGCUUCGGCUACACCAGCGUGCUCAGCCUGGCCGGCGCGCUGCGCGGCGUGGCGGCCAGCUGCCACGCGGCGCGCGGCGACUGGCUGCUCCGCGACGCGGCCGCGCCCGCGCCCCGCCCCGCGCCGCCCCGCCCCGCGCGCGCCCCGCCCCGCGAGCCGCCCUGCGACCCCGACGACGCGCUGCCCGGCAUCGCCUUCGACGCGGACGUGUUCCCGCGCGACUGCCUGCACCUGCUGGAGAGCGUGGCGCCGGCCAGCCUGGCGGGCGUGGCGCGCGGCGCGCUGCUGGAGGUGUCGGUGGGCGAGGUGUACUCGCCGAGCCACUUCUGGCUGCUGCGCCUGGGCGAGCGCCACCACAUCGCCAUGGAGGACAUGAUGGACGACAUGAACCGCUACUACGCCGGCGCGGAGGGCCGCGCGCGCGCGCUGGCGCCGGGCGCCGUGCGCGUGGGCCACUACUGCAGCAGCUGCUACGACGGCGACUGGCACCGCUCGCUGAUCGUCAAGGUCCUCGACUGCGACACCGUCAAGGUGCGGCACGUGGACUACGGCACGGUGGAGCGCUGCGCCGCGGCCGGCCUGCGCCCGCUGCGCCGCGAGUGGGCCGCGCUGCCGGCGCAGGCCGUGCGCGCGCGGCUGGCGGGCGCGCGCCCCGCCGCCGCCGGCCGCCGCUGGCCGCGCGCCGCCGCGCAGCACUUCCUGGCGCGCGUGCGCCAGCGCCGCCUCGUGGCCCACGUGGCCGCCGUGGACGAGCAGGACGACGCGCUCGAGGUGCUGCUCAUCGACACGGCCACGGACGAGGACAUCUGCAUCACCGACGAAUUGAUCCGCUCCGGACACGCGGACCCGCGGCCGGACUCCGCGAUAGGGACGUCGGAGUGUUACCUGUUCCCGCGGUUCGAGGCGCUGGAGAGCGGAGAUACGCCGAACUUCGCCGAGAUUUGCGCGUACCUGCGCGACGGCAUCACGCUCGAGUUCGUGGACGACUUCCGCCGACACGUGCCGCCCUGCCUGCCGCCCGGCGCGUCGGCGGCGGCGCGCGCCGGCCCGCCGACGCCCGGCGCCCACGCGUCCGGCGACGACGACCGCUCCACUCCGCCGGUCGACCCCCCUCUGCAGCUCGGUCGCGCGCCCCGGUGCCUCGACGCGGACGCGGACGAGGGCACGGCCGACGCGAAAGACUUCACCCCCCCAACUCCUCCCCCGCUACCGAAGCCGUGCGCUCGCCUCGCUCCGCGCGCAGCCCGCCCCCGUACUCCCCCAAUGCUCGCGGCCUACCCCCGAUUCGUUCCCCAAACUUACCCUCAGUUUACAUCUCAACCAAACAUACCUUGCGACCAUAAUCUACGUUUAGCAACUUCGAUUUCGAAUUCGACAUUCAUGCCUCAACUCGGACCGGAUUACCAUUCCCGUGUGCCCCGAAUGCAAGCCCCCGCGGCCCCCUCCCCGCCGGGCGCCGUGUCGCUGUCGGCCAGCGAGGUGGAGGCGUUCGCGCUGCUGAGCCGCGUGGCGCCGGGCGCGGCGCAGCGCUUCAUGCUGGCGGCGCUGCAGCGCGCGCUGGGCCCCGUGCGCGCGCCGCCCGGCUUCGGCGCCGAGUAGCCGCCGGGAUCGAUUCUAAACUAUCACUAAGUUAUAAUAAGGCUGAUUUUUCGUUGAACGAGAUUCACAACACAGAGAACACAUCGAGUGAGGCCAGCGAGGAAAGGAAAACGUAACUACUUGAAUGAACAUAACACGUUAUUUGGAUCGAUAUUCGUUGCGUCCAGCUCGUAUCGCGCCGAGCGGGCGUCACCACCGUGGUGUACCGGUCGCGAACGUACGAAGCACGCGAUCGAAAACAAAAAUCCACAACAUAUCACAAUGAAUGCAGAUCUUUGAAAAACUUUUAAUAUAGCUUUUAUUCUAACUCUUCAAUACUGAGACAAAAAUACAGACAUGCUACCUGACCUA